UCUCGGCCGUCUCGAUCGCCGGCGCAGUGAUGGUCGUAAUAUCAGAUAAAAAUACUUCAAGAGUGCACUUUUGACUUUCAGGGAGAUGACCAACUUCUGAGCCCUAAGACUUAGAUACUCGGUACCGUAUGGGAGGCCAUCACACUGUGUCUUGCAGUCUGGGUUGCUUUGAAACAUUUCUAUCAACAGGAUCAAACAUGGGGGACUGUUUCGCGGUGUUGAUGAAAACUCACAUGCUUUAUUUCGCAAGCUUUGUCGCUGGUUCUUGCUUCCACCUGGGUAAUUUCGCUCCAAAAAGGAAUUGUUCACUGUGGGAAAUCAGGUUUAUUCUCGCAUUUUUGGGGCUCGUGCAACUGUUUGCGCUGGGACCGCGCCUUAUCCUUAGCGUUAGAGAGCUUAAUGUUCAGCAUUUGGAUGACUACGAUGAAGGUGGGAUGAGUUCUACUAUUGAAUUUCAGAUGCAUGUAGGUAUGUCAACUGGCGAUGAUGUAUAGGACGAGAGCGUGUAUGAGGAGGCUAGGAGAAUGA